GGUGCCGGCGGCGAUGCUGAAGGCUGCGAUGCGGCUGGUGGCGAGCCCCGGCGCGGUGUCGGCCACCGAGGUGCUGCUGGCGGCCGCCGCCUUGUGCCUGGUGUCGCUGCUGCUGCAGUGGCUGCGGCAGCCGGCGGUGCCCGAGGGGCUGCGGAGGCCGCCGGGCCCGCGGGGCUAUCCCAUCCUGGGGAACGUGCUGGAGCUGCGCAAGGACACGCACCUGGCGCUGACGCGGCUGAGCCGGCGCUACGGGGACGUGAUGGAGGUGCGCAUCGGCACGCGGGCCGUGCUGGUGCUCAGCGGGCUGGACACCAUCCGGCAAGCCCUGGUCAAGCAAGGAGAGGACUUCAUGGGGCGCCCCGACCUCUACAGCUUCCGCUUCAUCGCGGACGGGCAGAGCCUGGGCUUCAGCCCCGACUCCGGGGAGGUGUGGAAAGCGCGCAGGAAGCUGGCCCAGAGCGCCCUGAAGAGCUUCUCCGUCGCCCCCAGCCCCACGUCGUCCUGCAGCUGCCUGCUGGAGGAGCACGUCUCCAAGGAGGCCGAGUACCUGGUCACCAAGUUCCUGCAGCUGAUGGAGGACGAGAAGAGGUUUGAGCCCUACCAGUACCUGGUGGUGUCGGUGGCCAACGUCAUCUGCGCCAUGUGCUUCGGCAAGCGCUACGAGCACGACGACCAGGAGCUGCUCAGGCUGGUGAACUCGACAGAGGAGUUCAACAAUGUGGCCGCUGCUGGCAACCCCGCCGACUUCAUCCCCGUGCUCCGGUACCUCCCCAGCCGCAGCAUGGAAUUGUUUAUGGAUUUCAACAGGUACUUCCUCAGCUUCCUGCAGAAGAGGGUCAAGGAGCACUACGACACCUACGACGAGAACAACAUCCGGGACAUCACGGACUCCCUCAUCGAGCAGUGCCUGGACAAAAAAAUGGGAACGAGCGCGGCCAUGCAGAUCCCCAAGGAGAAGAUCGUCAACCUCGUGAAUGACCUCUUUGGAGCAGGCUUCGAAAGCACAACCACAGCCCUCUCCUGGAGCCUCUUGUACCUUGUGACAUACCCCAACAUGCAGAAAAGGAUCCAGGAAGAGCUCGACCAGACCAUCGGGCGGGAGAGGCGGCCGCGCCUGUCGGACCGGGGCACGCUGCCCUACACGGAAGCCUUUAUCCUGGAGAUGUUCAGGCAUUCCUCCUUCCUGCCCUUCACCAUCCCACACAGCACGACCAAGGACACGGAGUUGAACGGCUACUACAUCCCGAAGGAUCGCUGCGUGUUUGUCAACCAGUGGCAAGUGAACCAUGACGAGAAGCUUUGGCAGGACCCCGAGGCCUUCAGCCCCGAGCGUUUCCUCAGUGCUGACGGGACCAAAGUGAACAAAGAGGAGGCAGAGAAGGUGCUGGUGUUUGGCCUGGGGAAGAGGAAGUGCAUCGGGGAGAACAUCGCCCGGUGGCAGGUGUUCCUCUUCCUGGCCACGCUGCUCCAGCAGCUGGAGUUCAGCGUCUGCGAGGGCAGCAGGGUGGACAUGACCCCGCUCUACGGACUGUCCCUGAAGCACAAGAGGUGCGAGCACUUCCAGGUCAGGCAGCGCUUCCCCAUGAAGGGCAGGAGCUGAGCGGUGGGAGCAGACGUCUCCAGGGUGUCCCUGCAGCACAGCUCCAAGGGUCUGCAGCAACUUUGUGGGGCGGUGGAAUAAACUGAAACCGUGGGGA